AUGCCACCAUCAGAAACAGGAACUGUUAUAAUAACAGGUGCAAAUGGGUCUUGUGCCUUGGGAUUUGUCUCUCACCUCGUAGCCCACUACCCAAAUCUCACCCUUCUUGCAACAGUUCGCAACGCAUCACUCGGUGAUCCCAACACAGCGCGCCUCAACGACAUAAUCUCAACAUCCUCUCAAGCUUCUAUCGAAUCAUUGGAUCUCUCCUCCCUAUCCAACGUCCGCGCUUUCGCAGAGAAAACAGCACAACGCGUGAAAAAUGGUGAGCUACCACCUAUAAAAGCCAUUGUAUGCAAUGCCUUCACAAUGUCUCUCAAAGAACAAGUCUUCACCGAAGACGGGUUUGAGAGGACAUUUCAGGUCAACCAUCUAAGUCACUACCUUCUUGUCCUCAAACUCCUUGGUUCAAUGUCCUCGGACGGUAGGAUUGUGAUGCUUGGUUCGAACACACAUUAUACAGAUCGACCGCAUCCGUUGUUCAGUAUGAAGGUUGGUAUCCCCGAGGAUAUGGAAACGCUGGUGAAGCCGAAAAUGGACAAGCCCGGGAAGGGCUACGACCAUGGUUUUCACAGGUACGGGAUGAGUAAGCUGGCCAAUAUCAUGUUUAUGCAUGACCUCAACGCAAAGCUUGCCAAGAACCCCAAGCUGUCUGGAAUCACAGCUACAGCGAUGGACCCAGGUGGCAUGGUCGACUCUCGCGCACACAAGAUACAAACACCCCUCAUACGCUUCGCAUUCGGCUUGAUCGUUCUAUUACUGCCCAUCUUGAAGUACUUCACUGAUGAGCUACGAUCUUCCGCACAAUCUGGACAGGAACUGGCCGAGUUGGCUGUUGGAGAAAAGUACCAGGGAGAAAAGGGAUAUUUUAUGGGGGCAAGACGGGAGAAAGAGGAUGCAAUCUGUAUGGACAAUGAUAAGAGAGACAUAUUAUGGAAAGCUUGCUGGGAUUGGACUGGUAUUCAGAAGGGAGAGACCGUUUUGGAGGAGUAUUGA